GGGUUGUGCCCCACCAGCGCCUCAGAACCGUCACGAAUACGUACGGACUCAGACGCACUCUCGGCACUCCGAGAACAGCGAGCGAGCAGUACAUUCGAGUAGAAGGGUAAUAUAGAAAACACGUCGCACGUCGUUUUCGAUCAUUCAAUCGAGUCGAUUACGAAACGAGGAGGAAUUGCGGAUUCUCCUGGAGCCUUGAUCGGAGCCUCGUCCACAAGGUGACUCGGGACGUCUCCCCCUCUCCCUCCCCUCCUCCUCGGAACUGUCGGAGAACAUCCGCGGAGAAAACUCCACCGGACUCAUUGUUACACAUUGUUCUGUGACCAGUGACAAUAAUAAUAAAGUGUGAUCGUCAUGUCGCCGCACACGGGCUACACGCCGGUCAGCGGCAUGGAAUACGAGGAGCCGGUGUCGCGCACCUAUCAGUACCGCAAGGUGAUGAAGCCGAUGCUGGAGCGCAAGCGACGCGCCCGCAUCAAUCGCUGCCUGGACGAGCUGAAGGAUCUGAUGGUGACCGCGCUGCAGGCCGAAGGUGAGAACGUGGCGAAGUUGGAGAAGGCGGACAUCCUCGAGCUGACGGUGCGUCACCUUCACACAUUACGCGCCGCCAGAAGGCUCACGCUCACCCCGGAGAACAGCUACGCCGAUCGGUUCCGCGACGGCUUCACUCAGUGCGCCCAGGAGGUGUCGACCUUCCUGUCGACCCCGGUUGCCGCGGCGGUGCAUCCCGCCGCGGGUGCCCAGCUGAUGCGACACCUCGGCGGCUGCCUUCGACGACUGGAGGGUCCGGCUGGUACCAAGCACGUGGUGCCGACGGCGGCGACCGCGGCUGCGACCAAGACGACGACGACUCAGGCGCCGACGAGCCAGACGAACGUGCCCCAGAACGUGUACACCCCUCCGCAGAGUCCUGUCAGUGUCGCGAGCUCCUCUGGAGACUCUUCGGAAUCCUCCAACGCGGUUUGGAGACCCUGGUGAUGAGGCACUCUACAAUCGACAUGAGCCUGAGAUCUCCGGGGCGUUCGAGGCGAUCGAAAACGGACGAAGGAUCCUCCCGCUGAAUGGCGCCGACGGGGAGGAAAAACGACGAAUCUCUGUCUUCCAAAUGAAAUACUUUUGCGAAAAGUCUCAUUAAAGAUCUUUAAGAACUUUACUUCUCGUUAUUGAGAUUUACUUGAUCGCAUUGUACAUAGGUGAUUAAAGCUUUAAGUGACAUCUGUGAUAGGGUUUCCUUUUGUACCUGAGAUGACUAUUUUCUCGUAAAGCAUAGCGACUAUUAUAUAGAUGUUAACUUGUUAUGUUUAAGAAUCUUUUUCGACGCAAUGCCGUACGGCGUCUCUGUUGAGGCCGUCGGGCCGCAUCAUCGUCAUCAAUAAACGUCUUGUUUCAAUGAUAAA